CAACUUCUUUCAACGAUUACCUCAAUCUUGGAGAGGACGAAAAAAGGUUUCUCUCAGUUGAAGGAGUAUUUACUACUAUUUAUAAAUAAAACUCAUAUUCCAAUCACGUUGUGACUAUAGUGUUGUAAUGACAAUUGUAUCUUAUCGUGAAUUUCAAUGUCAAAAUGAAAUAUAAUACAGUGCAUUAUUUUCUAUAAAUUAAUGAAAGUGUGAUAAAGGUUAUAUUCCAUGGUCUGAUUUAGGGUGGAGAGACGCUUUCAGAAUGGAACCGUUUGUCGAAAUUUCGCAUUCCGCUUGGUAUCAAUUGAGGGAUGCAUAUACAGAGAAUUGGCCCCGACAUCUGAUAGCCCACACUCUAAUGAACACUCAGCUGAAAUACCCCGGGAUCCUCUCGUACCUGCAGUUGAAAAUCUAUUGCCCAUUCGGCGAACUGGCCAAUGGUAUUAUUGCGAUUUCAGAUAAGGAGGAAUUUCGGCAAAUUAUGAUCCUUCCACUAGAUGAUAUUUCAAUCAUAGAAGAAAGUUUUUUGACGACGAAAUUGAUAGAUUGGAAUAAACCACUUUUAGUCCAAUCAGCUUCCGAUGAAGUUAUUGAAUGUACAAAAAGAAUUAGUGCUCAUUUCAAUCUGGAAUUCAAAUUUGAUGAGAAAGCUAACACGUAUUAUUUAGAUAAGCAAAGCGCGCCAUUCGAAAACCUGAGCUGUCCACCCGAUACUUAUAUCGGACCACUUACGCCAGAGCACAUAGACUUGAUUGACAAAACCUGGACAUAUACGGGUUCAUGGUCUAGGAAAUACUUCGAGGUAUUGAUGAAGAAUGGUCUCACCUAUGUCCUAUAUUCUAUAAACCAUGAACCAUUAGCUUGGAUAACUGUGGGUUCUGAAGGAGCCCUCACCCACCUGUAUUGCCUUGAGCAACACAGACGAAAAGGUUAUGCAGAAGUCGUGACAAAAUAUGCUAUUAACGAUCAGUUGAAAGACAACAACGAUAUUCUUUCAUAUACUCUGGUAGAUAAUGUGAAACCCCAAAAACUCUUCAAGAAGUUAGGCUUCCAAUACUUUGGCAAUGUCAGCUGGGUACUGAUAACACCUAAAUAAAUUUGUUUCUAAAUGUUGAA